AUGGCGGCGCAGCAUGAUGGUACGGGAAUUCUUCACGGCAGAAAGCGCCCCGCCGAGAGUGACCCUGACGGAGAUCGGCCUCUGGCAAAAAGGUUCAACGACCUUUACAUAGAUCCUGUAGCACUUUAUAACCACCACCACCACCACCAUCAUGAUCAUACAUUGACGCCGAGCACAAGUCAGGAAACGCCGGGGUCACCUGACGUGAUGCUGCUGGAUGAUCAAAAGGACAAGAUCUACGUCCAGGACCUCGAUCGAGAACUUGCAGAGGUGGAUUUGCCGGGUAAUUCGGUCGUUUUUCUACCCGGGAUUGAGGAGACAUGGGCAACCGUACCCAGGCUGAUGCUCGCGGAUAGCAAGAAUAGUUGCAACGAGCUGGUCCUCUAUCGAGAGCCCGUGUCCCUGCUGGAGCCGAGCAAAAAUAGCAAUGUUAGAAGAGCACUGGUUGAGACUAGGGAACGGGCUAGGGCCAGGCAAAAAGCGCAGGUAUCCCCAUUUACUGGUGUGUCCCGUGGUACGUUGUCGACGCCUUCAGACGGCGAACAUGUCAAGGCAGGCAACUGGAACGAGACAGAAGGCGGCGAUAUGAUGGAAAUUGACUGGGCGAACACUUCAUAG